AUGUCCAAUAGAAAUAACGAAAGCAUGUUGCGUGCUACGUCAAACAACAAGGCGACCGCUAAUCAAAGGGAUAAACGGAAGUCUGAAGUUUUGAUCGCUGCACAGUCCCUUGAUAAUGAAAUCCGUAGUGUGAAGAAUCUGAAAAGAUUGUCGAUUGGGUCAAUGGAUUUACUUAUUGAUCCAGAGUUAGAUAUAAAAUUCGGCGGAGAGUCUAAUGGGAGACGAUCAUGGUCUGGCAUGACAUCUAGUUCGGUCUCCAUGCCAAGUGGCACGUCAAGCGUUAAUAAUACACGAUAUAGCGAUCCAACUCCGCUAGAAAACUUGCAUGAGAGGAGUGACUCAGGGAUGGAAUACCCUAAUAAGAGCAAACAAGGAAACAAUAUAGGAAAUAAAAAAGGUGUUCAUUCUCCAUCCAGGAAAUUAAAUGCUAAUGCAUUAAAAAAAAACUUAUUAUGGGUUCCUGCUAAUCAACAUCCUAACGUUAAACCUGACAAUUUUCUAGAGCUUGUACAAGAUACUCUACAAAAUAUACAGCUAAGCGAAAAUGAUGAUACUAAUGAAGAUAAUGAUGAGAAUAACGAUGAGAAUAACGAUAAUGAAAACGACAAGGAGGAAAAAGAAUCAAAAUCAUAUGAAAACAAGGAAAACAAAACUAUAAACUUGAACCGGGGACUGUCAAGGCAUGGAAACGCGUCACUAAUACGAAGGCCUUCAACAUUGCGGAGGUCAUAUACAGAGUUUGAUGACAAUGAAGAUGACAAUAGUCAAGGGGACCGUGACUUUAAAACAGUAAAUGAAGUCGAUGAAAGAACUUCCACGAUAAAGGAGAGACCAGUGUCAUUAAGAGAUAUAACUGAAGAACUAACAAAGAUCUCAAAUAGUGCGGGGUUAACCGACAAUGAUGCCAUUACAUUAGCCAGAACUCUUAGUAUGGCAGGUUCGUAUUCAGAUAAAAAAGAUGAACCACAGCCGGAAGGACAUUAUGGAGAAAGGGAUAUUGGUGUUACGACUUCACAAGCGAAUACUUCGGACGAUGGCGAAUUUGCCUCCAAUAUGCCCAUCAACAAUAACAUGACAUGGCCUGAACGAUCAUCACUGAGAAGAAGUAGAUUCAACACCUAUCGAAUUAGGUCACAAGAGCAAGAAAAGGAAGUAGAACAGGAUGUGGAGGAAAUAAAAAACGACGAAGUAGAACGUUUGCAUCUGGCCAAGAACACUACAAAAGUCGGAAUAGAUCCGCACAAGUCCCCUUUUAGACAACAAGAUGAGGAAUCUGAGAACAUGAGUUCGCCUGGGUCAAUCGGUGAUUUUCAAGACAUAUAUAAUCAUUACAGGCAGUCUAGUGGUGAGUGGGAACAAGAAAUGGGAAUAGAAAAAGAAGCAGAAGUGGUACCCGUGAAGGUUCAAGACGACAUAGUAGAACAGGACUUAGAGUUAAGAGAAGAAUCAGCGGGCACAAUAAAGCAAAGCGCCACAGACGAUAACAAGGAAACGAAGCGUCAUCGUCGAAGAAACGGAUGGACGUGGUUAAACAACAAGAUGAAUAGAGACGAAGAUAAUGAAGAAAACCAAGGAGACGACGAAAAUGACGAAAACGUGGAUUCGCGAAGAAUGGAGCUCGAAAAUUCCAAAAAGCAUUAUAUUUCUCUAUUUAAUGGUGGUGAGAAGACAGAGGCGUUAAAUAAAGAGGAAAUGAACAAUGCAAAUGCAUCCACCACCACAUCACAAACAAGACAGAAGAUCGAGAAAACUUUUGCUAACCUAUUCAGGAGGAAGCCGCAUCACAAGCAUGAAGAAUCAUUAUCACCGUCGUCAUCACCAUCGUCAUCACCACCGAUACCAAAUAAUGAUACUGUGCACGUUCGCGAAAGGAAACUCAAAAAACUUGGUAGCAAAAAUGGAAGAGAACCCGUAGAACCCAUCUUAUUGCACAAUCGCCCUCGUCUCCACCGUCAUCAUCACAGCCGUCAUGGAUCCCAAAAAACAAGUGUAAAAGUUCUCAAAGAUACGCAAUCACAAUCUCAAUCACAAUCUCAAUCACAGUUGCAACCUCAACCACAGCAGCAGAUACCAUUACAAUCGCAGUUAGAAGGCGCAAUAGAGGUAGAAAAGAAAGAGGAAAGCGAUUCUGAGAGCUUGCCCCAACUACAGCCUGCUGUUAGUGUAAGUAGUACUAAAAGUAAUCCGAGAGACAGAGAAGAAGAGGAGACAAAGAAAAGAACCAAGAAGAGGAGCAAUACGAUAGAAAUCUCAAACGAACAGCGCUCCAGGCACGUUCAAAAGGAGAACACCCAUGAACAAAAAGCUCAGCUUCAAGCUCCGGCCCAAGAACAAGUCCAAGCUUCAGCCCCAGUCCAAGCUUCGACCCCAGCCCAGGCUCAGGCGCAGGCUCAGACUCAGGAUCAAGCGCAGGGUCAAGUACAGGCUCAAGCGGCCCCACCAUUGAGACACACGUCCGUACUGCCGCCAAGAAAGCUAACCUUCGCAGAUGUCAAAAAAUCUGACAAACCAAACUCUCCGGUUCAAUUCACAGAUAGUGCCUUUGGGUUCCCAUUGCCUUUGCUGACCGUGUCUACAGUAAUUAUGUUCGACCAUCGUCUACCAAUCAACGUUGAAAGAGCCAUAUACCGGCUGAGUCACUUGAAAUUGAGCAAUUCAAAGAGGGGACUGCGCGAGCAGGUGUUACUAAGUAACUUCAUGUACGCUUAUCUGAACUUGGUUAAUCACACUCUGUAUAUGGAACAGGUAGCCCAUGACAAGGAACAACAACAGCAACAACAACAACCCUGA